UCAAACUGGUCCUCUCUCAUUUACACUAUGGUCUUGCGAGCCACUCUUGUUACUAUACCCCAGUCGUUUUGCUGAGUCGUCAAUUCAUUUUUUUAUUUUUGUUCAUUUUUCUUUCUCUUCCAAUUCGCAAUCAAGGAUCAUAUAACAUUUUUCGAUGGAAGAUGCGAUGUCUUCCCCCCGCCUGCAGCGAUCUUGUAUUGGUAAUCUUCGUGUUACACAUAGCGCAGAAUAUCAACUGAGCGGAAUCACGUUGCCGGCACCCAAGGUACGCUAUCCCGCCCUCCUAAUCGGAUGGGAUAGUGAAUGCACACAGGAUGCAUUCCGCCUACCGUAUCAAUGUAGAGCCCACAAAUACGCCAGGGGAUCUGAGACCGCGACACGGAGAAAAACCAUCAAGUUGCAUUUUGGCCCUGCUGAGGGCUCGUUUGCCAACGUACUUCAGGAAUAGAACAGAUGCCAGGUGCAUUGCCAUCUCCGAAUUAAACCGUGUAUCCAGCACACAUUCACUCAC